AUGGCUGAAAUGGGAACCGACAGCGCCGAGAUGCCGCUGCCGACGCCGGCCGUCACCAACAACCCCCCGGAGAAUACGAUUCAUGAUGAGGCAUGGAAACAUCGUGCACCUUACCACAAAGUCAGCCACGAGAGGUUUGGGCCGGUGAAGUGGCGGGCUCACUGUCAAUGCCGAAAGAUCUCUUAUGUGAUCAGACAAGACCGGCCAUUAAACGCCAAGUUCUGCCACUGCCGGGGAUGUCAAGUCAUGCACGGCGCGCCCUUCCAGUGGGCCGCCAUCUUCCAUAAGGAGGAUGUGUCCUUUGUCAAUGGAUCGAGUGGACUCUCCUUUUACUCCUCCAGCCUGAACACCCAGAAGUACCACACGCCAACCAAGGUGUCUUGUUCCUUCUGUCACACUCUUAUCAUGGACGAGGGACGUAACACUUGUUUACUCUUCCCCCAAUUGAUUGAAUUUGCGGGGUCACCGGAGGAGAAGAAGAACCAAAGAAAUUUAUUCAAGCCUACAUGUCAUAUCUUCUACGAGCAACGCGUCAUGGAUAUCCCGGAUGGAAUCCCGAAGUGGUCCGCAAUGAAUGAUGACAGCGAUCGUCUGGAUGACAGGGGAAACAAAAUUGAUCAAUAA